AUGCAAACAUCCAAACGACCCAACUUUCUCGUCAUCGUCGCUGACGAUCUGGGGUUUAGCGAUACAGAGCCAUACGGCUCCGAAAUAUCCACGCCGGCUCUGCAGCGUCUUGCCAAGGAUGGUCUGCGUAUGACAAACUUCCAUACGGCCCCGGCAUGCUCGCCUACAAGAUCCAUGCUUCUCUCUGGCACGGAUAACCACAUUGCUGGACUGGGCCAGAUGGCCGAGUUCAUGAUGGGUUCGCGACAAAAAUACGAUGGCCACCCAGGAUACGAAGGCUAUCUCAACUUUCGCGUUGCUGCUUUGCCUGAGAUACUUCAGGAUGCCGGCUACUUCACUCUGUGCUCGGGGAAGUGGCAUUUGGGCAUGACUGCCGAAACCUCGCCGUCUAGCCGCGGUUUCACCAAGUGUCUUUCUUUUCUCCCGGGCGCUGGGAAUCACCACAAUUACGAGCCGCAACUUGAUGCGAGACUUCCCCCUUUCAUCAAGAGCUCUGGCUUCUGGAUGGAGAACGACAAGUUCAUCGAUCGCAGCAAAGACUUGCCCGAGAACUUUUACUCGAGUGACUACUUCACCGAUCGCCUGCUCGGCUUUUUAGAUGAGCGCACAGGAGAGGAUAAACAGAAGCCCUUCUUCGGAUAUUUAGCAUACACUGCACCACACUGGCCGCUACAAGCACCACAGGAGAAAAUUGCCAAAUACCGUGGGUUGUAUGAUGACGGACCGAAAGCUCUCCGAGAUCGACGUCUGCGUCAGCUUCAGAAACUGCAUCUGGUCCCGAAGGACGUCAUUCCGGCACCAGUAGACGUACCUGGUGCUGUUGAAUGGAGUGAAAAGGGUGAACAGGAUAAAGCCACGGCAGCCCGAGCCAUGGAAAUCUAUGCGGCCAUGGUGGACAAGCUCGACGACAAUAUCGGACGUGUCAUCGAUCAUCUCGAGGCCAGUGGCGAGCUCGACAACACAUUCAUCGUCUUUAUGUCUGAUAACGGUGCCGAGGGUUCCACCAUGGAAUCCAUGCCCAUCAUGGGCUCACUGGGCAUCCGGGAGACACUUCGCCAAUUUUAUGAUAACUCAUAUGAGAACAUGGGAAAUGCCAACUCCUUCAUCAUGUAUGGGCCGCAAUGGGCUCUUGCUGCCACAGCACCUUCGCGAGGCUUCAAAGGUUUUACCACUGAAGGCGGCAUACGGUGCCCAUGUAUCGUGCGGUAUCCUCCCCUUGUGAGGAAGGAGGGAGGCAUCAGCCACUCCUACACAAACGUCAUGGAUAUCCUACCUACGAUGUUGGAUCUGGCAGGCGUGUCGCAUCCCGGUACUACUUUCCGCGGUCGUGAAGUGGUCGCUCCACGAGGGAAGUCUUGGGUCCCGAUGCUUAGCUCCAAGACGUCCGAGGUAUACGGCGAGGGUGAGGACGUUGCCGGAUGGGAGCUUUUCGGCAUGAGAGCGAUACGGAGAGGCAAUUACAAGGCUGUGAUGUUGCCUCCACCUCAUGGCACCGGCGCAUGGGAGCUUUAUGACAUUGAUAGGGACCCAGGCGAAACUAAAGACCUGGCCGCCUCAGAGCCGGGAGUUAUGAGCCAGCUGCUUCAGGACUGGGAAAUUUAUUUCUCCGAAACAGGAAUGAUCGAGUAUCUUGUGAGAGGGGAAAAAGUUGCAGGCAUGUAA